UCACCAAUUGGAGGAAAAAUUGUAGUGUUGCAAUCAAGUUUACCAAAUAUUAAUCCGGGAGCAUUAAAAUCUCGUGAAGAUCCAAAAUCAUUGGGUACACCAAAGGAGUCAGCAUUACUACAACCUGCUGAUAAUUUUUAUAAAAAAUUUGCAGUAGAUUGUUCAAGGUCUCAAAUUUGCGUUGAGAUGUUUUUACUUGGUUCACAAUAUGCAGAUGUUGCUACAUUAGGAUGUUGUCCGAGAUUCACUGGAGGUCAAACAUUUUUUUACCCGUCAUUCAAUGCAGGUAGAACCGAAGAUGCACUUAAAUUUGCACAUGAAUUUGCAGAAUUUUUGGCUAGCCCGAUUGCUCUUGAGGCUGUUAUGCGCGUCCGAGCAUCUAAAGGCAUUCAUAUGACAGCUUUUCAUGGUAAUUUCUUCGUUCGCCAAACCGAUUUACUAUCUUUACCGAAUGUACCAAGGGAUUGUUCUUAUGCAAUUGAACUUGGCAUUGAAGAAAAUAUAAGUUCUACAACAGUUUGUUUCCAGACUGCAUUAUUACAUACAACUUGUUUUG